CAACCCCCACAUAAUAUCCGCCACGCUGCUCACCCCUCACGAAUAUUAUAAUCCAAACCAAUUUCAUAAUUUCAUGCAAAAGAAAAAAAAAAAAACACCAAAGCACCCCAAGGGCAAAUCCGUAAUCUCCCGCCCAAGCCCGCUAAAAUAUAACGGACCGACGUCCCCACGACCGUCCAGCUCUCGUCACUGGCAAGCACAGCCGUUCGAAGAGGAGGAGGGAGGAGGAGGAGGAGAGGAUCAUGGCAUCAGAGGCGAUCUCAACCGUUCAUCUCGCAUACGAGGGAUCGGGCAGAACUGGGCCAAAAUCAGGCCCCUGGGCUGAGGACGGCAGCGAGACGGGCCAGGUCGAAGGCCCGAAGAGGAGGAGGAGGAGGGAGAGGGAGCUUGAAAAGGCUUGGGAGAUGAAGAGGUCUAAUAACAGCGAGAGGUGCAGGGUUUCGGUUAGGCCUAGAGGCCCAGAUUCGGAGUCCAUUUAUAUGGACAUGGACGAGGUCAAGGCCUGCAGAGAAUUGGGCCUUGAGCUGCCCUGUGACUGGACGGUGGAGAUUCCCACUAGAUUCUCUGAAGAUACUGGUAGUGUGGGUGAAUCUCCUGUUGGGAACUGGAGCAUCUCUGGUCCUGGGGACGACCCUAAAGAUGUGAAGGCUAGGCUGAAGGCUUGGGCUCAUGCAGUGGCACUGGCGUCAGCAUCGAGCCUCAGCGGAUGAUCCGAUUAGUGGUCGGAGGGCGGAGAGAGGGUCUGAUCGUAUAUAUGGUGUAGGGGGUUGUAGGAUUGAAGCUUCCAAUUUGUUUUGGGUUGCGAGAUUUGUUUUAAGUUUUUUUUUUAAUUUUUCUUAGUGUGCAUAUGCUUGUAACCAGAAACUGUCCAAUUAUUUUUAUUUAUUGGAUAGUUGGUGUACCAAAGACUGUUUUUAUCGACGUCUUUGAGAACUAGUGCAUUAAUCAAAGAGUUCUUUGAUUUAUUGUGCACAAAUUAUCUAGCGUCGGAGAUGCACUGGUAGUUUUUUUUGCUAUGCGAUCGAAAUGGCAAGAAACUGUUGUUUUGUUUUAGAAAGAGAUCCCCCAUUGAGCUUAUGAAGCACUUUGGAGAGUGAUUUUAUGGUUACUGAUGUAAUAUUUUUUAUUUUUUUUGUGAAAACUUUGUUGUAUACUAUAAGAGCAACGGAGUAGAGUGAGAGCACCCUGUAUUAUUUUUGUUAUUUUGUAGCUUUGUUGACUUGUUCAAUAUGAAUAACUUAUUAGUAGA